AGGUCAUUGUACCAACACAACCCCCAGCAGCCACAACUCCAACUUCAGCUGUGGAUACAACAACCACAGUUGCUCCUACAUCAAACACAGCGGUUCCAGAAAGAACAACAGCAGCUCCCACAACAACCACAGCUGCUCCCACAACAACGACAGCUGCUCCGACAACACCCACCGAAACUGCCACAGCAUCUACAGUUGCUGCCACAACAACCACAGCUGUUCCCACAAUAUCGCCACCUGCACCGACAAAAACCCCAGAUGUUCCAACAUCAACUACAGCUGCUCCCACAACCACCCUCGCUGCUCCCACAACAACCACAGGAUCUCCCACAACAUCCACAGUUGUUGCCACAACAACCACAGUUGUUCCCACAACAACGCCACCUGCUCCGACAAAAACCCCAGAUGUUCCAACAACAACCACAGCUGCUCCAACAACAAUCACAGCUGCUCCCAUAUCAACCACAGCUGCUCUCCCAACAACCGCAGCGUCACCCACAACAAACACAGCGGCUCCCACAACAACGCCAGCUUCUCCCACAACAACCACAGCUGCUCCAACAACAACCACAGAAUCUCCCACAACAAACACAGCUGCUCCCACAACAACCACAGCUGCUCUCACAACCAGCACAGCUGCUCCCACAACAACCACAGCUGCUCCCAUAUCAACCACAGCUGCUCUCCCAACAACCGCAGCCUCACCCACAACAAACACAGCGGCUCCCACAACAACCCCAGCUUCUCCCACAACAACCACAGAAUCUCCCACAACAACCACAGCUGUUCCCACAACAACCACGGCUUCUCUGACAACAAACCCAGAUGUACCAACCACAACCACAACUCUUCCAACAACAACCACAACUGCUCCGACAACAAACACAGAUACAUCCACAACAACCACAGCCAUCCCCUCAACACUCACUGCUGCUCCCACAACAACCACAGCAGCUCCAACGACAACUACAAUUGGAGAGACAACAACCACAGAUACUCCAACAACAACCAAAACUGGUCCCACAUCAACCACACCUUCUCCAACAACAACCCCAGCUGCUCCAACAACAACCUCAGCUGCUCCCAUAACAACCACAGAAUCUCACACAACAACCACAGCUGCUCCCACAACAACCACAGCUGCUCUCACAAUAACCACAGCUGCUACCACAACAACCACAGCUGUUCCCACAACAACCACAGAAUCUACCACAACAACCACAGUCACUGCUUCAAAAACCACAGCUGUUCCCACAACAACCACAGCUGCUCCCACAACAACCUCAGCUGCUCCCACAACAACCACAGCUGCUCCCACAACAACCACAGCUGCUCCAACAACACACCCAGAUGUUCCAACGACAACCACAUCUGCUCCAACAACAACCACAGUUUUUCCCACAACAACCAUACAAGUUACAACGACAACUACAAUUGGGGCUACAACAACCACAGAUACUCCAACAACAACCGCAAAUGCUCCCACAUCAGCCACAGCUUCUCCAACAACCACGGCUAUUGCUCCCACAACAAACACAGAUAUAUCCACAACAACCACAGCCAUCCCCUCAACACUCACUGCUGCUCCCACAACAACAACAGUAGCUCCAACUACAACUACUAUUGGGGCUACAACAACCACAGAUACUACAACAACAACCACAGCUGUUCCCACAACAACCACAGAAUCUCCCACAACAACCACAGUCGCUACUUCAAAAAACACAGCUGCUCCCACAACAACCACAGCUGUUCCCACAACAACCACGUCUACUCCGACAAUAACCCCAGAUGUUCCAACCACAACCACAACUCUUCCAACAACAACCACAGCUGCUCCCAAAACAAACACAGAUACACCCACAACAACCACAGCCAUCCCCUCAACACUCACUGCUGCUCCCACAACAACCACAGCAGCUCCAACGACAACUACAAUUGGGGCUACAACAACCACAGAUACUCCAAAAACAACCAAAACUGCUCCCACAACAACCACAGCGGUUCCCACAACAACCACAGCUGCUCCAACAACAACCCCAGAUGUUCCAACAUCAACCACAUCUGCUCCAACAACAACCACAGCUUCUCCCACAACAACCAUACAAGCUCCAACGACAACUAUAAUUGGGGCUACAACAAUCACAGAUACUCCAACAACAACCACAUCUGCUCCCACAUCAACCACAGCUGCUCCAACAAAAACCCCAGAUGUUCCAACAACAACAACAUCUGCUCCAACAACGACCACAGAAUCUCACACAACAACCACAGCUGCUCCCACAACAACCACAGCUGCUCUCACAAUAACCACAGCUGCUACCACAACAACCACAGCUGUUCCCACAACAACCACAGAAUCUACCACAACAACCACAGUCACUGCUUCAAAAACCACAGCUGUUCCCACAACAACCACAGCUGCUCCCACAACAACCUCAGCUGCUCCCACAACAACCACAGCUGCUCCCACAACAACCACAGCUGCUCCAACAACACACCCAGAUGUUCCAACGACAACCACAUCUGCUCCAACAACAACCACAGUUUUUCCCACAACAACCAUACAAGUUACAACGACAACUACAAUUGGGGCUACAACAACCACAGAUACUCCAACAACAACCGCAAAUGCUCCCACAUCAGCCACAGCUUCUCCAACAACCACGGCUAG